UAAUAACCCAUAUAAAUAUAGUUGUAAUUAAAUCACAAUUGUCUCAACUCUCCUAUCUCUUCCUCACCUACACCCACAGAUAAAACUCAAAGACUAAUAACAGAAGAAAAUGGCAGAGGCUAAUGCAUAUGCAGCUCUCACCAAGGCUUUCUCGGGACUUGGUGUGGAUGAGAAUUUAUUCAUCUCAACCCUGGGGAAAUGGAAUCGCCAUCAGAGACAAUCCUACAGGGCAAGCACCCCUGGAUUCUUCAAAGAAGACGAACGCCAAUUCCAGAGAUGGAAUGAUCAACAUAUCCUUCAGCUUCGCCAAGAAUUUUUGCGUCUUAAGGAUGCAGUGUUGCUGUACACAAUGCACCCUUGGGAAAGAGAUGCUCGUGUGUUUAAGGAGGCGUUAUUAUUGAAAGUACCUAGACACGAUGUUCUCAUUGAGGCUGCUUGCACUCGAUCCUCCGAAGACCUUUUGGGAGCAAGAAAAGCCUACCAUUCCCUUUUUGAUCACUCAAUUGAGGAAGACAUUGCCUUCAAUAUCCAAACUCCUGAGCGAAAGCUUCUAGUUGCUCUUGUGAGUUCCUACCGUUAUGAAGGGCCAAGAGUAAACGACGAUCUUGCAAAAUCCGAGGCUAAGGUGUUUGUGAAUGCACUGAAAGAUGGUAAGAAAAAUCUGAUUGAGGAAGAGAUUGUGAGGAUCCUUUCAACCAGAAGCAAGCUCCAUCUUAAGGCCAUCUAUAGCCAUUACAAGGAAAUCACUGGCAAGUUCUUGGACGAGGAUCUUGACGGUGACUUGACCUUGAAACAAGUAGUUCAAUGCCUUUGUGUACCUCAAGCAUACUUCAGCCAGAUUUUGAUCGCAUCCUUGAACUUGGAUGUGGAUGAAUCUGCUAAAGAUUCAGUGACCCGAGUCAUAGUUACAAGAGCAGACGAUGAUGAUAUGAAGCUAAUCAAAGAAGAAUUCCACAGCAAAUGUGGAACUACCUUGGCUGCAAAGAUUGAAGAAGUUGCUAAUGGAAGCUACAAGGAUUUCUUGCUUACUAUAAUUGCAAAAGCUGAUUAAUUGUUUGGCCCAAAUUUUGGCAUAUCUAAAGUGCCAUCAGUUCUUGUUCCAUGUUAUUAAAUGCUUGUGUCCCCUUUGCUUUUCCUUUCAAGUCUUUUGCUCAAUUUAUGUAUGAUUUCAAUGUUUCCAUUUCUAAUGAGCAAUUUCAACAUAAUAAUUUUCAGCU